AUGAUGGACUUGCCAAUAUCUCCUUCUACUACUUCAGUUGAUGAUAAUAAUACUACUACAACAACAACUACAACAGCAUCUGUGACACCAACACCAACUAUAUCAUCAUCAGCAGCAGCAGCAGCAGUAGGAGCACCAGGAGCACCAGGAGCAUCAAUAGUUCAAACAACACCGACUACAUCCAAUGGACAUAAUAAUAAUAGUAAUACACCAGUAGUUGACAAUGAGAUCAUUAACAACUAUGUUAUCAAUAAUGGAUCACAAGAAGAACAACAUACAUCAACAACAUCAUUAUCGACAUCUACAUCUGCAACAGCACCAACACUAUCAUCAUCAUCAACAACAACACCACAAGUUGAGUUCUCACCAACAUCAUCAGACCAGACAACAACCACUACUACAACAUCAACAGGUUCAACAGCGGCGGCCACUGCAGCACAAAACUCUCUGUCGACUAUCAAAGAGAGGGAUGAGAAUGGCGGUGGCGGUGGUGGUGGAGCGACGACCACGACGAGCAAUGGUUCGACGAAUGGACACAACAACAACGGCAAGACAAUGACCAAGUCACGGGGUAUAUCAUCAUACACAUCGACGUCGUCCUCAUCGUCGUCAUCCACCAACUCACUUGGUCACUCAUCGUCGGGCACUGGAGGCGAGGUUGACGACUCUCUCACUUGCAAAAUCUGCCUGGACAUCAUCAAAGAGCCAUUCAUAUCAAGGUGCGGUCAUUCUUUCUGUUAUCAAUUGAAUCAGUUUGUUGAGCGAAUGUCCCAGUCGCACUUAGUCACAUCCACAUCACCAGCCAAGCAAUUCCAAAGUACCCUCUCUGAUAAUAUUACAAUCAAUGACAUCAAUAGUAUGGUAGCAGCAUUACUUGAGAAGAAGAAACUGAUUGAGUUGAAGGACCAACAGGUUGAGUUGGACAUAUUAUUGGACUUUUUGCAAAAGACCAAGGCACAAAAGAUGGAAGCGUACAAACAGUUGAAGAAACAGAUCUCAUUCCUGGAUCAUGACAUCCAGUCCAUUGAGAGUCAACAACAAGAUACAAAGUUACAAGAGAGCAAUAACAACAACAAUAGCAAUAGCAAUACAUCAAUAGUAAACAAUGUCCAACUCAAGGAUAGCAGUAAGGACAAUCUAAAGGAUAGUGCCAACAAUGUAUCAACGAAGAAGGAUAAACAACAGACUACAAUGGACACAAAGAAGAGAAAGAUUGACACUCAUUUGGAUGAUCUCCAGACAUGUUACUUCACUGCCUAUGAGAAGAAUCAACCAAAGAAGAUUGGAAGAGGCUUGAUGAGCUUCUCAAGGAAUCUGUCAAAGUUCACUAGGUUCACAGACUUUAGAGUGGUAACGACGCUAAAGUAUGGCGACCUGUACAACACAUCGUCGAUAGUGUCCAGCAUCGAGUUUGACAAGGACGAUGAGUUCUUUGCGACGGCUGGCGUCACCAAGAAGAUUAAGGUGUUUGAGUACGCCCAGCUGAGCCUGCGCGACCACGUCGACGUGCAUGUGCCCGUCAAGGAGAUGACCUGCCACUCCAAGAUCAGCUGUCUCAGCUGGAACACCUACAUCAAGUCCCAGAUCGCCAGCUCUGACUAUGAGGGCAUAAUCACACUGUGGGACGUCAACACGGGCCAGAACAUAAUGUCGAUGGAGGAGCAUGAGAAGCGUGUGUGGUCUGUCGACUUCUCGCGCACCGAUCCCACCCAGCUGGCCAGUGGCUCGGACGACACCAGGGUCAAGCUGUGGUCGACCACAGCAAGACGAUCGAUCGCCACCAUUGAGAGCAAGGCCAACAUCUGUUGUGUCAAGUUCAAUCCAUCCUCCUCGCAUCUCAUUGCCUUUGGUUCGGCCGAUCAUCACAUCCAUUACUACGACCUAAGACACACCAAAGAUCCCCUCUUCAUCUUCAAAGGACAUCGCAAGGCUGUCAGUUACGUCAAGUUUAUGAACCGAGACGAGAUCAUCUCUGCAUCAACGGACAGCACACUCAAGUUGUGGAAUGUUAGCCAGAGCGAUUGUGUGAGGACUUAUGUUGGACAUGCCAAUGAGAAGAACUUUGUUGGAUUGACAGUCAGCGGAGAUUAUAUUUGUUGUGGUAGUGAGAACAAUGGAGUGUACACUUAUUACAAGACAUUGUCAAAGCCAAUAGUCACUCAUAGAUUUGGCGCAACAUCUGGAAGUGGAGAGGAGACAGACGAUGAUGGAUCACAGUUUGUCAGCUCAGUGUGCUGGAAGAAGAAUUCAAACAUUCUGUUGGCGGCCAACAGUCAAGGAAACAUUAAAGUGUUGGAGCUGAUUUAG